AGAUUGCGCUUUUGGGUCUCAUAAUAGUGAUGAAGCGUUCAUCUUCUCAGGGAAUCUCUGUGCACAGAUUAACUACGCACCAGACACCAAAAACGAUAAAAUAAUCAAAGGCCCGAUGACCAUUACUGCCAUGUUCCCCUUCUUGAAAGAGACGGUGUUCAAAAAUGACGUAGACGCCGCCUUUGAGGCAACCACAAGUUAUGAAGCUUACCUCUUCAAAGACAACCACUAUGCUCUUAUAAACUAUGGUUUUAAUUCCCACCUCAUCGCCGUCCGUACCAUCACUCAAGGCUUUGCUAGUUUGAGAAACACCAUGUUCGAAAGUGGAAUUGAUGCAGCAUUUGCUUCACACAGGACUAAUGAGGCAUACCUAUUCAAAAAAGAUUAUUACGCACUCAUCAACUUUGCUCCUGGCACCACAGAUGACUACAUCAUUGAUGGCGUGAAGAAAAUCAGGGAAAACUGGCCUUCUUUAACUAACAUCUUGCCUCGCAAAAACUAUGGUCUUGACGUUCAUGAUCACACUAAGCCUGCUGCUGACCAUGACCAGGAUGAACUUUAAAAGGUCAGUCCUACGUGCCAAAAGUGUGGAUGGUAGCAUGCUUCGAAUAGGAGUUUGGCUCAAUAGUUUCUAGUUUAUCUUAUCUUCUUAAUAAUAUCUGAGAGUUCUAAUUUGAGAACUUUAAUACAGUU